GUGAUCUAGAAUUACGUUGCAUAUUUUUUGAGCGAUUUCAGGACAGGGCCUAGUUACAGUUACGAAUAUAAACAUAAAUAUACAUUAAGCUGCAAGAAAAGUACCUCUGUUCAAUCUCAGCGUUGUUGAGGGAAAAUCUGUUGAGUUACCUUGCAAUAUCACGCCUCCUGGAUACGACACUCUAGAUAUGGUAAUCUGGUUCAAGGAUGAAAGCGGACUCGCCCUUUAUUCAAUUGAUGUCCGCGGAAAGCUUUUGUCCGAAGCAGAACAUUUAUCGACUGGUUUUGGAUCCAGGGCCUAUUUUCGUACUACGGUUCAGGAACCAGCAGUUUUAUCUUUAGAUGAUGUCAAGCGACAUGAUGCAGGUGUCUUCAGAUGUAGAGUGGAUUUCCACCGCGGACAAUCAAGAAGCGUCCGAUACAAUCUUACUGUAAUAGUUCCGCCGGAGAAGCCUGUCAUUUUGGACAGGUGGAGUCAUAUUCUAAAUAGAACAGCAGGACCGUACGAGGAGGAUGACGAACUUUAUCUGACAUGUCGUGUAACUGGAGGAAAUCCAGAACCCACUGUAAAGUGGUACGUAGAUGGAAAUCUUAAGAAUGACGCCUCAGACGAAAAAAAUGGAGGUGACAUCAUCGAAAAAAAAUUAACGAUGCGAUCAUUGAGUAGGUCUCAUCUUGGCACGAACUUCACUUGCAUAGCUGAAAAUACUCAUCUAUUAGAACCAAAGUCAACAUCAGUUACGUUAAAUUUAAAUCUGAAACCUUUGACCGUUACUAUCCGAAAACCACUUGAUGAAGAAAGCGGAAAGGAAUCCUUACUUGCUGGACGCCACUACGAGGUCAUAUGCGAAACAACGGGUUCCAGGCCAUCAGCUGUCAUUACUUGGUACAAAGGGAAACGACCUUUGAGGCACGUUAAGGAAGAAAAAAGUGAGAAUCGUACGAUUAGCAGGGUGGCAUUCGUACCAGGGGAGGAAGACGAUGGGAAAUCGGUGACUUGCAGGGCAGAAAAUCCAAACGUGACUGGACUUUACCUGGAGACGUCUUGGAAGAUUGAUGUUGUGUAUCCUCCUAGUGUCUCUUUGAGCCUAGGCUCGACUUUGAGCCCCGAAGAUAUCAAGGAAGGAGAUGACGUCUACUUCGAGUGCCACAUUAAAGCAAACCCGCCAUGGUCAAAGCUCUCUUGGAUCCAUAAUGGUGAAGUACUGACACAUAACACGUCGGCCAGAAUCAUAAGGUCUAAUCAAAGCCUAGUACUUCAGAGCAUAACAAGAGGUAGUGCGGGAUUAUAUGCAUGUGCAGCUGCGAAUUCCUUAGGGGAAACUCGAAGUGAACCUUUAAGAUUUCGCGUGAAAUAUUCUCCAGUUUGUAAAGACGAUCGAGUUGUGGUAGUGGGAGCAUCUAGAGGCGAGACAUUGGAUAUUGCCUGCAGAAUUGAAGCUGAUCCGCCAGCACAUCGAUUUCGGUGGAAAUUCAACAACAGCGGUGAGACCGUUGAUGUUCCCGUCGAUAGGUUCUCUAUAGAUCCAAAAAAUGGUCUAAGUAUACUUAAAUAUACACCAGCUACGGAAUUAGAUUAUGGAACCUUAUCCUGUUGGGCUGACAAUGUGGUUGGAGAGCAGUCUAAACAAUGUCUGUUUCAACUAGUUGCUGCUGGAAAACCAUUUUCUGUCAGAAACUGUACACUGGCCAAUCAAACGUACACCAGCGUGGAAGUGAAGUGCGUUGCAGGAUAUGAUGGUGGUUUACCUCAAAAAUUCAUGCUGGAGGUUUACCAAGGCGACAUGGAAACUAACAAACGACCCCUUUAUAACCUUUCAACCAGUGACGAACCGUUUUUCGCCCUCUCUGGUUUAGAAGCAUCUGUUGAAGCAGGCAUACACGUGGCAAUUUACGGUGUGAACGCAAAAGGUCGAAGCCAACCAGUAAUUCUCAGUGAAGUCACUUUUCGCGAUGCCGAGAAGCGCACUGGUCAGGAUGUGGGUAUCGUUUUGUCUCCUCUAAUUGGAGUGGUUGUCGGAGCAAUCGUAACACUGGGACUGAUUGUUAUGAUAGUAAUUAUAAGAUCUCAUCGAGAAAGAGUCUUGAAGACCCAUCACGGAAAGCCGGAAGAAUUGAGCGACCCUCCAUCCCAACAGUAUCCUGUUCAAAAUUCCCAACAAGUCAUGGAGACCGAUCCGGACGUGAUUCCGAACAAGUUUGAAGGAAACCUGGUCGAAGUUAGUCCUCCGAGUUAUCCUGGAGGAUAUCCACCUGGACAUUGGGUGACACCAGGUCCAGCGCCAAGCAUAGACGAACUAUGUCAAAAAUUCUCCGGCAGGCCAACAGAAUUAAGGUUACCUUCCAGAUGUGCGAUUCCCACAAUGACGAAUAUGGGAACGGCGGCAGGAGUAGUCGUCGGUUCCGGACCAUGUGUUAUUGCUGGCGAAUGUUUGGAUGGUGAAGCUAUCAAGCGACGACUUAUGGCGAACAGGCUUCCAGAAAGCUGUGUGUAGUUUCACCUUCCCUUGGAAGUAAAUAGAGUGUAGGCUAUGUCAGAAAGUGUAAAUGCGUCUUUGGUGCACAAACAAUAGAACUGUUUUGAGACUUCUCGGUCGACGUACAACUAUAUAUAAAUGCGAGCAGGAAACGUGUGAUCCAUAAAAAACGGGGUACGUAACACUAAACCCUGAGUUUUUGUGAUAAGUGAGAGUGUCUGAAUAAUAUAUAAAUUAAAGAACAUUUCGUAGUUAUGACUCAAGAUUUUCAAGGGGAAUGAUUUCCUAGACUACAUGUCGUCUAUGUUCGUCCUUGAUUUAUUCGAUCAAAUCAUUAUCGUAUGACGUUUUGGAGUGAACUAGGAUUUAAAUAUUCUUUGUUACAUUUUUAGCAAUUACGAGAAUCAGCACGUACCAUUGCAAAGUGUUAUUAAUAUUGCAGGUGGACUAGUUCGAUAUCAUCAGUCGCGGUUUAAUUCUAUUCCUUCUUAUUAUAAAGGGUUGACUUGUAACUUAUUCUUUACUAUUUAUUUUGAAAUAUUUCAUUCUCGAAAAUACAUUUCAUGAAUAGUUAGUGAAUUU